UCUGAUGGAUCAAACAUGGAGGUAGGGUCAGAAAGUAGUGGACAAGUCGCUGCAGUGUCUUCUACCGCUGGCUUUAAGUCUCCAAUGCACGGAGCCCCCCCUAUGAACACUGGACCAAUGGAACUCGAUGACAUAUCCAGUGAAAAACAGACUAAGAAAAAGAGGAAGCGUUGCGGCGAGUGUAUCGGCUGUCAACGUAAGGACAACUGUGGAGACUGCGCACCAUGUCGCAACGACAAGUCGCAUCAGAUAUGUAAGCAGAGGAGGUGUGAGAAGUUGACGGAGAAGAAGGUCUUACAAGACAUCAAGAGCUACCGCGGUCGUAAGCCUCUGGGCGGAGGAGUGUCAUCAGCGGUCGGUUUGAGCCCUGGACUGCCAGCCGCCGCAUCUCCGGGCCCCGCUGCGCCCGCUGCACCUAGCCCUGCACCAGCCACCACACCAGCCAUGAAACAGGAACAUCCAAGCCAACCGAUGGCUCCAAUGCCAUUUUACGCUGGUGACCCAAACAGAUUCCCUACAGCCUGGCAAACAGAUCCUUCACAAGGAUGGCAGAAUCAAUUCAUACAGCAGCUUCCCACCCAGACUGGUCAAACAACCUUAGACUACCAGGGAAAUCACACCCCUUAUGCAACAUCUCCUCAUUAUCAAGCGAACACCACGUACACCGUCCAAAACGUCGCUACUACGUUUGAUGUCACAAACAAUGCUUAUUAUCCAGCUGGAGUGCAAGCUAUUCCUGCCCAACGACCACCAUCGAACCGUGGCGCCUAUACUCCCGUACCAUCACCGCGAGCUCCACAUUACACGACUGAGUACCAACAACAAUAUGCGCAACAGGCUCCGACUCCUGGAGUUACUACUGGCAAUGAUUCCAGGCCUGCUUCAGCUGCCUCUUAUCAAAGUUCAGUAGCAACAUCUGGCACGCCUGUCUACACUGUUAGUCAACAAAACUACGAUCGAACUGAGUAUACAGCAGAGCAUGCGGAAGAGUACAAUAAUGGUGAAAACGGAACAGGUGACACGAAUAACGAAGGAGAAAGGCAAGAACAAAAUGCCUCGAAUGGACAGCAUUCGGGAAACGCCGAGCCUGGAUACCUGCAGGGGAGCAACGGUCCGCGAGCUUCACUCGAUUGUAACGGGUAUCCGGGCAACUAUACUAGCGGGCAGUAUACGGAAAAUGCACAAGCGCAGAACCAAAACGAAUGGCAACAACGUCAAUGGCAACAUAACCAAAGAAUACAAAAUCAACAGCAAAUGCAAAACCAACAACAAUUACAAAAUCAACAACAGUUACAAAAUCAACAACAGUUACAAAAUCAACAGCAGUUACAAAAUCAACAGCAGUUGCAAAAUCAACAAAUGCAAAAUCAACAGCAGAUACAAAAUCAACAACAAAUACAAAGUCAACAACAAAUACAAAGUCAACAACAAAUACAAAGUCAACAACAAAUACAAAGUCAACAACAAAUACAAAAUCAACAACAAAUACAAAGUCAACAACAGCUACAAAAUCAACAACAGAUGCAAAAUCAACAGCAGAUGCAAAAUCAACAACAAAUGCAAAACCAACAACAAUUACAGAGUCAACAACAGCUCCAAACCCAUCAGCAAAUGCAAAAUCAACAACAAAUGAAUCAAAUGCAAAGUCAACAGCAACAGAUACAAAAUCAAAUUCAAAACCAGCAAAUACAAAAUCAACAAAUGCAGCAACAUAGACAAGAAGAAGCCGAACAGCAGAUGUUCUCUCAAUCGGACAGGGUUAACUUAAAUUCUAGAUUAAAAACAAUGAUAUUAAAUAAACAGAACCAUAUUAGGGAUGGCACAAACACACCACCAGAUAAAGGUGACCCUGGAGAGGGACCCCCUCGAGUAAUAGAUGAUAGAAAAAGUGGGGUAACUGAAGAUAGAAAUAACACCGGUCAUUUUUUAUCGUAUAGCCACCAUCUCCGAGAUAAUUACCGUGUAGGUGAACAGAGUAUAUCUGUCACUGGUAAUUAUUCACAAAACACCCACGCUUAUGGCUUGGGUGACUUCGGAGGUGGUGGCCACCACGUAUGGGAGGGGGGGACGGAAGUCUCAAAAAGUUAUGAAAAAAACAAUUUGGCUAAGACUGUAUCUAAAACAUCUCAAAAAUUACCGUCUUAUACUGAUAUGAGACCACAAUAUGGAGCAUAUACAAAUAUACCUUAUGACGCGCAUAAAUAUGCAGAAAUGUACGGUAGUGAUAGUAAUUUAAGUUAUAAUCAACAAGAUAGCAAAGAUUUUCAAUCAAAGAUGCUUAUUGGACCAGUAUCUGACAUUAAUCAACAAAAUUGCGCAACCUCGCGUGAAAUAAACGCACAAAAGAGAGCUUAUGAUAGAGAGCCUUAUGAUUCUAAAUUUAGGCACCCAGUAGCACCUAUAAUACCUAAAUUAGAAAUGCCAGAUAACUUUCAGUAUUUUAAAGAUCCAAUAAAAAUAGAACCUCAAAGACAUUUGAAUCAAAACAUAUAUUCAAAACCAAACGAAACGCUUGCGAAUGUUUCAUAUAAAGAAUAUUCACAAAACAUUUCUUCCAGACAAGGCCAAGUCACGGCUUUACCGCCAAUAUCAACAAUAAAACAUGAAAACUUUAACCAGAAACCUCAGAUGUAUCAGAACUUUCAGAAUGUUCCUUAUGAAAGAAAAAACAAUAAAAGUGAUACUUACGCACAAAUCCCGAGAAUACAAGAGAGUUUAGGUUUUCAGAAAUAUAACAGAAAUUAUGAAGCCAGACAUGAAAAAGAAUCGGACUGUGGGGGUAAUUCUGAUCGGACCACCCCUAUUGAUCCCAAACCACCUUAUUAUAUAGAACAAAUUAAAUCAGAACAUUCACCACCUGGACAUAAGAUAUAUAAAAAUUUAAACUACGGCCCGCCUAGAAAUGAGCCAUACAUGUUUACAGGAGAAGGCGGACCAGUUUCUAUUAGAAAUGAGAUAGGCUAUGCUUGUUGUAGACAGGGAUCUACAAAAAAUCCUCCACCAGAACAUUUAAGAGAUGGAGCCUGUCCCGGUCUUCAAACUAAAGAUGAAAUUCUUGAAGAUGAUCCUGAUAAUACAGAUUCUAAAAAUCAAACUAAGCCCGGCACUCCAGUGUCUGAAUCACAUAUCAAACAUACUAAGGAAAAUCAAUUUAAUUAUUCUAAAGAAUAUUUGGACAAUUUAGAAAGGCUAAAAAAUAAUUCUAGAACGGAAGUGCCCGAUUGCAAUUGCUUUCCUGCAGACAAGAAUCCUCCAGAACCUGGCAGCUACUACACUCAUUUAGGAGCAUCAUCAUCUUUGUCCGAACUAAGAAAGGAUUUUGAAGCACGUACAGGACUAUCUGGUAAAGAACUACGAAUAGAAAAAAUUUGCUAUACUGGAAAAGAAGGCAAAACUGCUCAAGGUUGUCCUAUGGCUAAGUGGGUCAUACGGCGCUCUAACUAUACAGAAAAAGUAUUAGUUGUCGUAAAAUUUCGUAAUGGUCACAAAUGUGCUACAUCCUGGAUAGUAGUGUGUUUAGUUGCCUGGGAAGGAAUUCCACAAUCCGAAGCUGACUUAGAUUACACAUUGCUAUCUCAUAAACUGAAUAGAUAUGGUUUGCCAACUACACGUCGAUGUGCGACAAAUGAAAAUAGAACAUGUGCAUGUCAAGGUCUUGAUCCAGAAACAUGCGGCGCAUCCUACAGUUUCGGUUGCUCCUGGUCCAUGUAUUAUAAUGGAUGCAAAUACGCCCGUUCAAAAACUGUCCGCAAGUUCCGACUUUCGGUCAAAACUGAGGAGAGCGAGAUUGAGGAGCGUAUGCACGUUCUGGCAACACUAUUGAGCCCAUUGUACAUGAACCUUGCUCCUAAAUCAUUUGAUAAUCAAUGUCAGUUCGAGAAAGAAGCUUCAGAUUGCCGAUUGGGAUUCAAGCCUGGACGUCCUUUUUCAGGAGUAACAGCUUGCAUAGAUUUUUGUGCUCAUGCGCAUAGAGAUCUACACAAUAUGAACAACGGCUGUACUGCUGUUGUGACCCUCGCCAAACAUCGCGCACUUUCAAAACCUAACGACGAACAACUACAUGUCCUUCCGCUAUACGUUCUAGACACUACUGAUGAGUUUGGUUCAAAGGAAGCUCAGGAAGAAAAGAUGAAAAGUGGGGCUUUGGAAGUCUUGGACAAAUAUCCUAUGGAAGUUCGGGUUCGAUCAGUUCCUUUACAACCCUGUAGACGUCAUGGUAAAAAAAGAAAAGAUGAUGAAAAUUCAGAAUCGAAUAAUUCGACUACAAACACGCCUCAACAGAGUCCGGGUAAUCAGAAAAAACCCCAAUGUACUACACCUGCACCUAAAACUCCUCAACCAAAUGAUGUCAGAAAUAACGCCAGUCCGAGAAGCCAAAGCAGUGCUUCACCUAGAGCUAAUACACCUGCGUUAAGUCAAUCGAAUAAUUCGGCUUUCUCUAAUAAUCCUCAUUACAAUUCUGCCUUUGUUAAUCCAAAUAUGCACAGUCUUAAUUCUGGACUAAUGAAUGCAAGCUUAGGGAAUCCUGCUCUACUUGAUAUGGCUACUAUGAUAGACAAUUUCACUGACGCACAACUGCAGAGCAACCAAAUUUCUAGUACUGUGUUAGAUUCACCAUACAAUCCUUACGAUCAAAGUUACAACCUUCACAACCAGAGCGCUAUCUAUAAUCCGAAUCAUGUGCCUGCUUUAGUAGAAAACAACUGUCAAAAUUCAAAUCCCAAUCAAUUACCGAGUUUUACGCCUGCAUUACAAAAACGAGAUCAACACUUUAAUACACAGAGUUCAGGGCCAAUUCAUGCAGCUCAACAACAAUGGCCUGACUUUGAUAAUACUGAAAUGUUUAACAAUGUCGUAAAGGAAGACCCAGAUUCGACUACAGCACAUUUGAAUAUGCCACCUAAUAACUAUAGUCCAGACUCCAACCGUAGUGAUACCAACUCAGAUCAAAUCUACAAAAAUAACACAGAAACAGAAAAACAAAAUGUGAUAAAUGACAUAUCACAGAAAAUACCUGAAUUUGAUAUGCCUAACUCCCCGAGAUUAACGGAGAUUUCUCAAAAGACACACAGAACACCACAAUCACCAGCAUCUUCUCAAGAACUUAAGUCACCAAACAAUGAUACAAUUAACCCUGAAAUACGUAAAAGUGUGUGGAAAUCUCCCGAUUCUAAAAACUGGGAUUCUAAAUCCAAGGAACAAAUUAAUGAAAAUGAAAGUGCUUUAUUUCGAGUUCCUAAAGCUAGACCACCAUCCCGGUCUCAAUACGUCAAUCCAAAUGAGGGUACGGAAAAUUCGACUUUUUUGAAGCCUUAUCCACCCUCUGACAGACAUCACACAAACCAAGGAUAUGAACAUAAAAGUAUGCAUGAUAUCAGAAUGAACAAUGUGGUACCACCAACAUCAGUAGUUCAAACUAAUUAUACUAUUAGCCAUGAUGAAACACAAAACACAUCCUCAAAUAAGCCGGUGCCGGAAUUCACGGGUAACAAUUUCCAUCCUAUUAACCAAAACUCUUACAGUAAUCAAACUUCAAUGCAAGGAUAUGGAAAUUAUCCUCAAAUGACAAACGCCUAUCCAUUUUCACCAAACCCAUAUGGACAUUAUAAUCCGUAUGAAAAUUCCUACAAUGAUUAUAAUAGUCUAGCAUAUUACAAUGCUGAAAAAUAUAAAAGAGAAGAAUUAAUAAGAAAUUCACAUUGUUACAAUUCUUAUGGAUACCAGUACAAUCCAAAUUUCGCUGCCAAUUUUUAUCAGAAUCCGAGUUCGAAUUGGUGCCAAUCUUCGCCUAACUGGUGUUUAUAUCCUCCACCUUUUUCUAUUCCAUACCCGCCGGAACCACCUAAAGCAGAACCAAUAGGAGAAGUUACAGGUUUAUCAGAUAAUCUUGAAUGUUUCAAAGACAGUCAAAUGGGAGGUGUCGCUAUAGCAUUAGGUCACGGAAGUGUAUUAUUCGAAUGUGCCAAACAUGAAAUGCAUUCAACUACGGCCGUUAAAAGUCCAAACCGAGUAAACCCGACACGUAUAUCAUUAGUUUUCUACCAACACAGAAAUUUAAAUCGCCCUAAACAUGGUCUCGAAGAAUGGGAGGAAAAAAUGAGGUUAAAAAAAUUGGGAUUGACCCCCUCGACACCAAGUACACCCGGUCCCAAUUCAAAUUCAGUGUCACCUGCAACGACUCCUGGGCCCGACCAAAGACAGAUUUCUACAGCAGAAAAAUGGAAAAAUAAUGAAAACCUAAUUCCAGGUGGAUACAGUUCACUAUCAGCAUUAGUGGAAGCGACAAAUGCUGCUAAGAAAAGUGGUCAGAUUAGAUUGAGGACGGACACACAAACAACAAUGUCUUGGACCACUCUAUUCCCCAUGCACCCCUGCACUGUCACUGGCCCAUACCAAGAGUCCGGUACUUGACGCAAGCCAGGCCCAUUAGGGCAGUGUUCUUCCAAAAGACGGAGUGAAAUCCCUUCCGUAGCGAUGUAAGGUUUCAUAUGCCUUUUCAAUCUAAGUCUUCUAGAGGAAAGUGCUUUCCAAAAUUGUUUUGUAGUUCCUGGAUUAAUAGAACUUAAGCUCUCAAACUUUCGAUAAACUGGUCCAUUGUUCCCAUAAAAUUCCUUUAUUGCAUUUACAUUGGAAUUGACUACCGUUUUAACUUGUAUUUUUCAAUGUAAACCGAGUGAGUUUUUAAUCAAAGAUGUAAUUUAAGUUUAUAUUUUAAUAGUGUUUAUCGCAUUUCAGCUAGUCUUACGUUACUAUGUUAGUAUCUAUGGUAUUUCUUAGGCCGUAACUGUAGAUUUAUUUGUAUAUUGACGUAUUUAGUUUUACCAGCGAAUCGAAAUUUUCGAAUAAGUUUAUAUUUUUACAUGAUACAUGUAAAAUAAUGUGACAUUAGCGUACGGUUUGUCUGCAUAUUUUGUCAUUUUUAGUUAAACGCAUAAGCAAUUUUUUAUGCGAUGCAAUGAUCUCAUGAAAUACUAACCCUACACUUUAUUCAUUAUAAUCAUUAUUCAGAGCGAAAGUACAAAAACCUACAAUGAGGCUAACGCUUAGCCCGCUGAAAAGGAAGGACGCGUUUGACGAUCGUUUUUAUUUAUAUUUUUGUACCUUUAUCUGUCUAUUAGUUACUUUGUAUUUAAAUAAUUUAAUUAUCAUUCCUCUGCCUACCCGAUUGUUUUGUUUUGGCAUUUUGUUUUACGAAUAAAAUUAUAAGAUCAUGGCAGCAUGUGUUAUAAUAAUACAAACGUAACGAGUGCUUUUAUAUUAGGUUAAGAGGUGUGUAUUUUUAACUUUUAGAAUAUUUAACUUAUUUAUAUUGUAUUACGUGAAUCAUUAUGAAAUCAUUUGCUUUGUAUCAAUUUAGUGUUAUAGUAGGUAUUAAUAUUUAAUAUAUUUGCUUUACGAUUUGACAUUAAAUUAUGGGCAGUUGUUUUAUGCAUGUUUCAAGAGCCUUCUUUACUUUUUUACUUGAGUGCCUGUGCGUCUGGCGAUAACCAGAAAAGUGAAAUUCUUAUAUUUAAAACACAUUUUCGAACCAUUGAAUGUGACCUUAUUUGUGAAUCAAGUACGUAUAGAAAUGUUCUGCUAAUUUAGCUAUUAUAAAAAAAAGUUAUAAUUACGUUCAUACGUUAAAAAGAAAGAUUAAUAAAUUACAUACAUUUAUAAGAUAGAGUAUUUGCGAAAAAAAUUCAGGCGCUUGGAAAGAUUAUAAAGUAGGCAUAUUAUUGAAAAUGAAUAAAAACAUACUGAUGAAUAGUUAUUAAUAUAUAAUUAGGUUAAGAAAAAGUUUGUUUUAAAGAUUAAACUAUUGAUAUAGUUUAUAUUUUUUACGUGUACGUAUUUAUUGAAUGGUAAAUUUAUUGGAACGUGAAAUUAUUUAUAGGUAAAGAAGUUUUGAGAACAAAACUUAUAAAAACUAAGCAAUAAUAGGCAUUGAAGUCUAUGUACAUUGUAACGUAGGAGUGAUGAUUAUUAAAUUAAAAACGAAUGGUGCGAUUUGUCGUCAGUCUUAUGGAAAUGCUUAACGUUUUAGCUCUCGCCAGAAAUUGCCUAAAUUUAUUCUGAUAUUAUUUUUUCAUUGGUUAAUGCCCAUAACUUGCCAUUAUUAAUUUUAUAUCAAUUUUAACGUCCGUACGGUCACUUUUAGAUGCAUUGCGACGAGACAUAUCAGAAGAAAUCACAUGAACUGAUCACAAAAUAUAACUUAAAUUUUUGUAUCUGAUGAAAGUGUAAAGGAUGUAACUCAAACAUUUGUGGUGCUGAGACCGUGUAUGAAAACAAAAUUUAAAAUUAAAAUUUUGAAGCUGAAAAAACAGUUUGAGUUAGAUUUUGAUUUGAAAUGUAUUCGAAUUUUGUUUAUUUUUAAUUAUAAAAUAAUAAUUAAGCAAGUCGGAUGUUUUAUGAUAUUAACUCGUAUUAUUUUUUUUAUAUCAGCAGUAGGCAUCUGUAUGAAUGCACGUUGGAAGGUUGUAUAACUGUUUUCGUAGAUAUUAAUCCUUGUGGACAUUAAUUUUUAUAAGGUAAAUCAUUUAGGCCACUAGAAACCUGUGAUAUACCAUUAAUUCACGAGUGCUUGACUGCUUGUUUGGUAUGUGUCUUUCCUCAGUGUGCGAGUCGCCGACACGACGUUAAACUAAAAGUGAACGCAACAAUGAUUUUUAGAAUAGUAAUAACGUGUGUCGUCGAUUUUUUUAAAAAUAAUAGAUAUGCAAAAACCAAAAACGACCAGUAUUUUUAAAUGUUGUAACCAAAAAGAUUUUUUUGUUUUUUAAGAUUGUACGAUGCAUAAUGAGUUUACCGAUGCGGAUAGUUCGAAAGUGUAUCCUAACGCGAAUUCUAUGUUCGUUGCGUUUCAGUUACGACGAACUUAUUUGUGUAAUAAUAUUUUGUCUUCUGCCAAAACAAAAGAAUGUGUCAUGUAAAUAGAACUACCAUUAUUUAUUAAUAUAAUAAUUUAAAAA